ACAAUUCCCAGAAAGAGAGAAGAAAGGAAAAAAAUCUCUCUCUCUCUCUCUAAAAUACUUGUCUAUUUAUAGAGGGAAAAGAACUAAAAUUAGGAUCGGCCGAAAUCGCGAUUCAAGAAAAUCACGAUCGGACCGUCCAAACACUAAAGAAGGGCACAGAUGUCCGAAAAAACCAGAGAAAAACGGCCAUCCAUCACCCUCUCAUCCCUCUUCACCACAUUCCCGGACUCCCUCUCCUUCUCCGAAAAAUCCCCAAAAUGUCACUGCGAUUCCAAGAAAUCGCCCCGGAACUUCGAUGCCGGGGUCGUGGGCCUCGGGAUCGUCGCCGCCAUGAGUGACGGCGGCGGCGGCGGCAGUUCCCACGACGCGUUUCCCGCAAGGAUCGCCGCCCACUCGCCGCGAUCGGUCCCAAUACCGAUCGCGGCAGCUGCGAGGUCCGGGAGGCGCGUGCUGGCGGCCGCCGAGGUUGAGGAGACGGAGGAGCUCUCGGAGAGCUACACGUGCGUGAUCUCGCGCGUGGGGAGCGAGUUGACCCGCAAGCGCGAGUAUUUUGAGAGGGCGGAGGCCGUGGAUGGCACGGGCUGCAAUUAUCUGGGAAAUUCGGGGGUGUUUGUCACGUCGCCGCCGGUGAUGAUGGCGGAUUUCUUGAAUGCUUGCUAUCUGUGUAGGAAGAAGCUUCACGGGCGUGAUAUUUUCAUGUACAGAGGAGAGAAAGCCUUCUGUAGUGUGGAGUGCAGAUGCCAGCAAAUUCUAAGCGAUGAAUACAAAGAAAAAUGUCGGUCUGGAGCUAUGAACCCUUUCGAUUGCUCUGUUUCGCCCUGCUCAGCUCCAAGGCUUUUCACUGCUGGUGUUGCAGCAGCUUAAGUAGUAUUAUUAUUAUAUAUAACAUAAAACCAAGAAAAGGAGAGAGAGAGAGAGAGAGAGAGAGAGAGAGAGAGAGAAUCGGUACCUAAAAAUAAAUAAUCGGUAUCGCGGGCAUAGGUAAUAUAUUUAUAGAGUGUAAGAGAGAAUUGGAAGAGUUUUUCUGUAUAUUUAUGGAAGCUGAAAGCCCUUAAGAAGGGUUUGAGUAUGGAAUUUGUUUAUCCACAAAACCAAUCAUCAACAUCUGAACUUUCAGACAAUAUGGUUAUGAUUAUAUAUAAAUUAUGAAAAAAUCAGAGCAUUA